AUGGUAUUGAUAAAGGAAGAAGAACCUUUAAAACAAGAAAAGAAAAAAGAAAAUAAGAAAACUUUGAGGGAAAACAUUGCUUACAUUCGAGAAAAUAUCACCUUGGAACCAGUUCUUAUAACUUUUGUUAUACCAGGAGUUCUCGCUCGUCUCGCAACUCAAAAUUUAAAUCUCGACAAGGCCUGUCGAGUAAAUCUAAAAUUUGGUGAUAAAAUAUGUGAUGCUCUUAUAGCUAAAAAGGGAUCAACCUAUCAUAAUGAAGAGUUAAAAAUUCAAGAAUUAAUAGCUUCGAUGGAAGUAUGGAAAAAUGUAAUAUUAACAGCCAUACCCAGUAUUCUCAUUCUCUUCAUCGGUGCCUGGAGUGAUCAGACUGGAAACCGAAAAUUAUGUAUACUAUUACCUAUAUUCGGAGAUUUUCUAAUGUGUCUCAGUAAUAUAUUAAACGUUUAUUACUUUUAUGAACUUCCACUUGAAGUAACAAUGUUUUUAGAAGCUAUAUUCCCAGCGAUGUGUGGGGGAUGGAUAGCGACGUAUACAGGAACAUUCAGUUAUAUUGGUGAAACAUCAAGUGAGGAUAAUAGAACAUUUAGAGUCGGUAUAGCAAAUCUUUGCUUAACCGUUGGCGGACCACUUGGGAGUGUUCUUGCUGGAAUAUUACUGAAUUAUCUUGGCUACUAUGGCGUUUUUUCCAUCACUUCACUGUUAUACUGUUUUAGUAUAUGUUACGGCAUUUACUAUAUUAAAAAUCCUAAAAGACCUACACCCAAUAAACAGGUUGAAAGUGUCGGAUUUUUCAAGUCAUUUUUUGAUAUAAAACAUGUGAAAGAUACGUUCAAAGUUGCUUUCAAAAAAGGACCAAACAACCGCAGAAUGAAAUCUAUUUUGGUUUUGGCUUGUGUCGUAUUUAUCUACGGUCCCGCGUAUGGAGAACACACAGUGCGAUAUCUUUUUGGGAGAUACCGCUUCAACUGGGAUAUAGUGAAAUACAGUUUCUACAAUACCUUCUACAUUUGUUUACACCUGCUUGGUGCCACUAUAUCAAUAACGUUUCUGAGCAAAAAACUUAAAUGGCAAGACGCUACUUUGGGAAUAUUAUCUAAUGUAAGUAAAAUAGUAGGAUGCAUCAGUACUGGAUUAUCAAGAACCACUCUGGAAAUAUACCUUGCUGUCGUACUAGAAAUGUUCAACGCAACUCCGUUUACUGCUCUUAGGUCUAUAUCUUCCAAACUGGCUACCAGUGAUGAACUAGGAAAAAUGACAGCAAUAUUUAAUUUAACCGAAGUUGUUACUUCAAUGGUUUUCGGGCCAACGUUUUCUUGGAUUUACAUGGUAACUUUGAAAUACGAGUCUGGAUUUAUUUACUAUUUAAGUGCUGUAGUGACUGUACCGUCACUUUUGAUUUUUAUAUCAGACGAGCGAGAAAGGUCGUUGGUUGACAAGCAGAUCCUUUUUUACUCUUCUAAUUUUUAA